AUGCUACAGCACAGGGACACGGACGAAGAUGACGAAAACGAUAGCAGCGGGGGCUACCAGAUGCACGACCGGCGCGCCCACCGGAUCCAGAAGCUACUGCUGUGCUGCAUAGGCGUGCUUUCGAUCCUGUGCGCGGCGCUCACCGUCACCGUGGUAAAACUCAGCAUCACACCCACGCCCAAGGACGACGUCUUCCGCCACGUUCCCCAGGCCAAGACUGAAGUCAUCCACACGCCGGGGGUCAUGCCUCCGAUCUUGGGGCCGGAAUUCACCAAAAAGACGGUUCUCUUCCAGCGGAACGAGUCGUUCAUGGGAUUCAAGGAUAAGGCGUACCCGGCGUGGCACGAGAUCCUGCAUCGCGCGCGCCAUGGCCGUGUGGCGUUCGACAGCAUGCCCGGCGAGUUCUACGGCGUUGCAGGGUACCAUCAACUGCAUUGUGUGUGGCUUCUCCAAUGGGCAGUCGACUAUUCGGUCCGCGGGAUCGUGCCCGACGAGUUGACCGCGGACCACAUGUUCCAUUGCACCGAGUACCUGCGGCAAUCGGUCAUGUGCUAUGCAGACCCGACUUUGGAAAGGCGCUUCGAGGGCAUCCUGGGUCCCUUCAGCGCCAACAACACCCAUGUCUGUGGUGACUGGGACAAGUUGAUGGAUUGGGCAGACGACCAUAUCUAUCUCGGCCCGUACCUGAAUCCCAUCACCAAGUUGCCGCCCUAG